AUGGCUUACAACUACGGACCGCCUCCCCCGCCUCCGGGACCGGCACCGCCCAACAACCCGCCUGCUGGCUACCCCGCCACCUAUGGCCAGUCGCCUUAUCAACAGCAGCAGCCCCAGCCGGCUGCUCCCCAGCGCGGCACUUAUGCUGGACGAGGCCGUGGUGGCUCAGAUCGUGGCGGUUACCACUCUUCUCAUUCUUACGGAUAUGGCCAGCAACCUUCUGCGUACGGACAACAGGCGCCCCCGGCAAGCCCGUAUCCUUCACAUCAGCCCCAGCCCCAGCCGGGUGCCUACCCCCCGCCACAACAGCAGUGGCAUUCAGAGCAGCAUGGCCAGCAUACCCCGCAACAGCCUCCUGCCCCUCCCCCUCCUCAAGGUUACGCGCCCAGCUACGGCACACAGUCCCAUUACCCCCAGGCUCAGCAGCCAUACGGCCAGCCCGCAUACUCACCCGCGCCACAAACUCCUUACGGCCCGGCGUAUGCUCCCCCCGCACCGCAGGCUAGUCCGCCUCCCCAGCCAUGGGCCAGUCACCAUCAGUCGCACCCUCAGACCCCUUACAACACCAGCAGCCGAGGUGGAAGAGGCUCCCAUAGUGAUCGUUCUGGACCCAAGGGCCAGAUGAUGGGACCUCCUAUCAGAAUGGGAUUUGAUGGCGCACCUGCGCAACCGCCCGCUCCGGCUCCGUAUCCGCCGCAGCCAUAUGGUGCACCUCACGGGGCGCCUUAUGCUCCUGCGCCAUACCAGCCCUAUCCGCCUCCUACUACUUACAUACCGCCAGCACAUCCCGUCUAUGAUGGUGCUCCUGCCGCAGGCGCGCCCCGCCAUGGACGUGGUAGUCACAACAACGGCCAUCCUCGCCAUCGUCCUCAGUUUGGUGGUGACAAGGUCCGCGGCCGAAAUGGUCAUGCUGGCGGCCACAACAGCCGCGGUGGGAAGGCUUUUAGUCCCCCCGCUCACCAUCAGAAGCACGACCACUCUGGUGGAAAGAAGAAAAAGCGCAAGACCAACACUCUAGGUCUUACUCCGGGCGAUGAGUCCGACGAGGACGAUGAGAACGAAGAGGAACGUCUCAAUGAGAUGAUUGGUGCUGAUGCUCCCAAUCCCAUCACGAAUGAAGAACUUGCUGCUUGGAUCGCUGAGCGUCGGGCCAACUUCCCAUCAAAGGCCAAAAUUGAAGCCAAGAAAGCUGCUGUCAAGGCACAGACUGCUGAGGCAAAGGCCGCCGACGAGAAGGCUUCUCUCCUUAUGAGGCAAGAACAAAAGGCGGAGAAGCUCCGCAAACAAUUAGAAAAAGUCGAGUCCAGCAUCAAGCGGAAGCGCGAACAGCAGGAUGAAGGCGACGAGAUGCGCCAGUCAGAACCCUCAUCUCCCUCAACCAUCUCAAAGUCUGACGACGAGAAGCCAGAAGUCUUGUCUACUCGUCCGGAAGAAAAUGCUGUCCCCCCUGUGGCCAGGAAGGCUGAUCAGUCGAAGCACUGCAAGUACUAUUCGACUGGAGGAAACUGCGGUAAGCGGGGCAAGUGCCGUUUCGUCCAUGAUCCGAAUGAGCGUGAGAAGGCUCUGAGAGAGCGCGAACUUAACGGAGGAAAGAUGACCCUCCAGCAGCGUUUGCUCCUGAACGAUAAGGAGCAGGAAGACCUAUCAAUUAUCCAGGCCUUGAAAUACCUUCAGGACAAGGGUGCGUACAAAAAAAAGAGCGCAUCUCAAUCUUCAAGUGGCGGUGCGACGUCAAACACCCAGCCUCAGACUACAGGGCCUGCAUCGCUCCCGCCGAACCCAUUGAAGAGGGAUGCUGGAAGUGGUCUCCCAAGCAUUCCCCCACAGCCCGAAGCCCCCAACGCAAACGCGUCGGCGUCCAAGUAUCCGGGAUGGAAUCUCAGCGGUUUCGGCAAUACGGGCGUGCGACCUAAUGAUAAAUAGGUUCCUCUUGUCUUUUGUCGGAACCAAGCGAGUCCGAAAAAGAACCGCCGGAGUGUUUUAAGAGAGAAGAGAACAAAGGAAUCAGUCUUUCAUUUCAUAUUUCACUCAACAACAUUACGUCCUUUUUCAACAGCCAUCUCCAAGUCGGCCUUGGCUGUAGGUCCCCGAUCUGUUUUUGUUUCAUUAUUCAUCCCACCUCGGACACCGGGAGCAGCGGAGGAGCUAUUCAUUGAAGACGAUCUGGGCAUGUGCCCUCAAGAGCGACAUUCUCUGAAGACAGAGUAUCCCGAACUUCAAAAGACAGGCAAUAGUGGCUCUCAAAGGUCGCAAGCAUGUAGGCGCAUAGUUCGCCGCCCAUAAUUUCUUUUAACCUUCACCAAGCUGGGCAGAGUCGUUAUGAAAGUCAACGAGAAGGAGGACCACAGACCAAGACACCACUUGAACGUUCACUAGGCCACUAAGGAGCGUUCAUAAGCAAUCAUCUCAUUAGCGUCCAUGCCUACAUGCGGACUGAGAGGAAGUUGUUGUCAUUACUGGCACUUCUAGCUGAAGCCUAAGACGGACAAUUUAUGACAGAGAAAAAGAAAAACAAGAAAUCACAUGAAACAAAAAAAGGACAACGAGUGCGAGUGCUUUCAAGUCGGUAUAUACCGCGGCAGUUUUCGUCAAG